GUUCGGCGUUCGGUUUGCGUGCCCGACGGCAGGUGCUCUAGUUUUGUCCGAACCGUACACCGAGCCGGAUCCGUUGACGCGGCAGAACGCUAGGAAAAGUUUCACUGCGUAACCGAUACGCCAGAAAGUGUCGACAGAAAAAGGCUUGCUUUUUGUGCGCCGAUGAAAACCGAGAAAAUCGUCCUGUCGAACCUGUCGAGUUAAACGGUGUUGGGAGUCAUUGCUCCUACAAAAAGGAAAGGUACGAGAGGCUUCAGAAAAGUGUGUGCGUGUGUCUGUGUGUGUGUAAUAUGAUCCUAUCAAUCAAGGGGUGUUCCAAUUAAUAACACGAAAAGAGAAACAGCUGAGGCAGGUCCAGCAUGUCGUGAACAAAAAUCGGUAAAAGUCGUUUAAUCGUUUGCCGGUGUGCUUGUCGAACAAUAGGGCUGUUGCUGUGAAGUGAAGUGAAGAGGAAAUCGGUUUUCCAUCGUGUAAUAGUGUGUGAAUCCGCGUGUGACGGACGCCCGCAACUGUGUGGGCAGAUCCGUGUGAGGAUGCGUACCUAGUGCGGCAGUGCUUCCUGAAGUGUGUGUCUGUGUGUGCAUUUUUCUAAGUGAGCUAGUGAGAGCGUCCUGUGCUCUCCUGCAUGUGUGUAUUAUUGUGUGAAUGUGUUAGCAUUCCAAUUUCUGUGUGUGUGGUGCGUGUAAGCACGAAGCUUAACGAGUGGGAAAUGAUGGCUGAAACGUGAUUAUCUCCGGUUGAUUCGUUGUGAGUUUUAAAUAAUCAGCUGAGGCUUCGUUCACCAUCCAGCGUGAACCGGAGCGGAGAAAACAUCGGUGAAAAUCCUCCCCCAAACCUCCACAUUUCCCCAAGCCAAGCUCCCACCGCGGCUUUUCCUUUUGCGCUCGUCCCGAGUGUGUUUUGGGUUUUCCUUCGCCUGCCAACGCCAUGAGGCCAACACCAGCACGGGGCGCACUGGUAGUCAUGCUGGUAAUGCUGGCUAAUCUCGCCCGUGCACAGAUCGACUGGGCCGAGGAUGACGACGAUCCAGUGUCCACAGUGACGGUGGAGGCGGUCCUCGGACGGACGGCAACCCUGCCGUGUGACAUCGAACCGGAGGAACUGAACGAUCGGGUGUACAUGGUGCUGUGGUUUCGGGAAAGUGCCGGCAAACCGUUGUACAGCUAUGACGUACGGGGGAGACAAUUCUCCAAGGCACUCUACUGGUCGGAAACGAGCGCCUUCGGACCGCGGGCGUACUUCGUGACGAUCUCCAAACCGGCCGCCCUCAGCGUGGACAAUAUCCAGCUCGACGAUGAAGGGGUGUAUCGCUGCCGAGUGGAUUUUCAGAAUUCGCCCACAAGAAAUCAUCGCAUCAACCUGACCGUAACCGUGCCACCGCAUCAGAUCCUCGUGUACGACGCUUCCGGGCUGGACGUAACCGGCGCCAUCGGACCACUGCAGGAGGACGAUAACCUGGUGCUUACCUGUGAAGUUCGCGGAGGACGUCCGGAACCGACCGUCACCUGGCUGAACGGGGACGAACUCAUGCAGACGGGCGGCGGUAUCUCGAUGGGCCGACACGUUACCGUCAAUCGGUUGGAAAUACCGAAAAUGACACGAUCGGCGCUGAACAAUACGUACAAGUGUCAGGCAUCGAACACGAAGCUGGUGCCACCGGCCGAACGCAGCAUACGGGUGGAUAUGUUGCUGAAACCUCUAUCGGCGGCCCUGUCCUCGAAACCGAAACAGUUGAUAUCGAACCAGGAGUACGUGUUGGCGUGCAAUGUGGAAGGUUCCGUACCGGAGACGGACAUCAAAUGGAUGCAAAACAAUCGACCGUUCACCAAGGGAAAGAUAAAAAUCAUCAAUAACAGCUCGAUGGUGUCGUCGGUGCUCAGCUUCCGGCCACAUCCCGAUGACGACGGAACAAUCCUCAAGUGCGAAGGCUCCAAUCCACGCCUCCAAAACUCCGUCCUGGAAGAUUCGGUCAUCAUGAACGUGCUUUAUCCACCGCAAGUGACACUGUCACUGGGAUCAACGCUUAAUCCCGACGACAUCAAGGAAGGCGACGACGUCUACUUCGAGUGUCACAUUAAGGCAAAUCCGAGGGAGCAUCGCAUUACAUGGUCACACGAUGGCCUCCCCGUAACGCAGAACGUUACCUCCGGCGUUAUCAUCUCCACGCGGUCCUUAGUGUUGCAGCGCGUCGGAAGAUUUCACUCGGGCAGCUACGCGUGUGCGGCGGCGAACGAUCGUGGCGAAACGCAAAGCGAACCAGUUGCCCUCAAGAUACACUUUGCACCGGUUUGCAUAUCAAACAGUAUCAUGAUCGUCGGUGCAUCGCUGGACGAAACCGUACCGGUGCCGUGUCACGUAGCGGCCGAUCCGCUGGACGUGUCCUUUGAUUGGAACUUUUCCAACAGUGGCGAACGGUUCGAGGUGGCCAGCGGUCAGUUCAAUCUGCUGCAGGAGUUCCAUUCGGAGGGUAUCACCCAAUCCCGGUACGAUGCCGAUGAGGAUAAUUCAGAAACUAUCUACGAGCUGCUGUACACGCCGAAAAGUGAACGUGAGUACGGUACGUUGGCAUGCUGGGCGAAGAAUUCGAUCGGGAAGCAGGUCGAACCGUGCCUCUUUCAAGUGGUUCCUGCAGCGAAACCUGCACCACUGCGCAACUGUACGCUGCGCCCGUACUCGACCCUGAUGUCCACCGGUCAGCACGGCCAGAAUGGUUCCGCAGCGUCAGCAGCAUCCGCGUACUCGUACACGUACGGUGACCCGCCGAGCCCGGCCGGCCGACAUCCAGGUCAGCACUAUCGGGACACUAAUUACAUUGGGCCACAAUUCGUUAAAGAUCGGAACGUGCCACCCGACCGACGGAAUGUUACAGUGAAAUUUAAUCAGAAAAAUCCCAACCUCCCCGGGGGGUCCGCCGGCCCUGCCUCCCCAUCGUCCUCCGCCUCCGCUGCAUCCGUCCGCUCGUCGGCGAAAGCUUCCGGUACGGUUUCGAGCCGCCGUGAUCGACGUAACCGCACCGGCGGUGGUUUGCCUUCGAUCCGCGACACCGAUAUCGCGCGCCUAACCGCGGACAGUGAGGACGACGGUGGGGGCGACGGUGGUCCCGGAACCGGAUCAAAGGAACCACCACUCUCCGCUCAUCCGCCUCCACUUCCACCGAUGCCACCGCGUCCAUCCCAAUCGACGGAAAUGCUUCGGCGGCGUGUUGUUGCGGGUGGAAAAGUUGGCAGCUCUAGUACGAGCGAAGAGCAAAACAGUCGGACGAAUCUGCUAAACACGGCAACGGCUGUCCUGCUCGGCGAGGGAAGUUCGGCAGCCGUCCUAGCAUCCUCCGCUAGCGGGAGCGAUCCGACCGAGCAACAGCGGGCCAGCCGUCUGCGCCGCUACACCAACGGCAUCCUACGCAACGCCAGCCUACCGGGCGCCAACAGCCGACCCAGCGAAAGCACCAUCAGCAGCAGCAAUCAGCCAUCGCAUCUGCAGCAGCAGCAGCAGUACAGCGACGAACGGGCUCGAGGUGGAAAUAAUUAUCACUCGUCAGCCAAUGCAGCAGCAGUGGCAUCCGCACCACCGAUUGCAUCGCAAUUAAGAUCGAAAACGAUACGCCACCAAUCGACGCUUGCCCCCGCGUCCCCACCGUCCGCCGCGUCCCUCGCCUCCUACGGGGGCGGAUUUUCCGGUGUGAAUGGUGCCACCGGACACGGACCCACUUCCUACGGAGGCAAUCAUCAUCAGCACUACGCGUCGCCGUCGGACGGUGGCAUCGGUGGCAUCUCAGCUUCCGGUGGCGUUGGGGCGGGCAACGAGCUGCAGCCGACGAUGAUGGAGCUGGAGUGUGUCGCCGGGUAUGACGGUGGUCUGCCGCAGCACUUUUUUCUCGAGGCGUACGAUUCCCGGACGCGCAAAUUGCGCCUAAACAUCACAAGUGCCCUUAACGACGUUCCGCUUUUCCGGAUCGACCUAACUGAACUAAGUCCCAGCGAAGCCUACACACCCACGCUACACCUGAUAGCGUACAGCGUGAAUCAGAAAGGUCGUUCCGAGCCGACGAUCCUGGAGGAUAUAGCAAUUAAUGAAGCUGAAAAAAGGACCGAUGGAACAGAAGGCUUCGCAAUACUUCCAUUUGCGGCAUUAUUGACCGGUGCGCUGUUCACCAUCGGCAUUGCUGUCCUGCUGGUUGUAGUGCUUGCCAUCCGCCGGAAGCGGGAUGGUCACGGUGGUGGACUGUGUGACGGCAAGGAGAAGCAUAUCGGCAUGGACAUUACCGUGACGACACCGCUCGAGAUGGGCAUGGGACAGCAGAAGUACGUCGUCGCCUACACGCUCAAGCAGGGCGUCGAAAAGCAGCCGGACAUACUGAACGCCCAGAAGACGGGCUCGGCCAGCGUGCAGUCGAUAAAGGAUAUGGGCCAAAAGAUGGGCUCCCCGUUGGGUGUGCGAGGCCCACCGGCCGGCACAAUCUACGCCACGCCGGGUGGCUAUGACCAGCAGAAAUCAACCCCUUCCAGUCGGCAGAGCACACUGAAACGUACGGACGCUUCCGCUAACAGCUACUGUCUGCUGCAGCAGCAACAACAGCAGCAGCUAACCAGCACCAGCAGCACCAGCAAAUACCCGGGCGAGCUGGUCGAGUACGAGAAACCGUACACGAACUAUCAGCACACGCUGCAGUACAACCACAAUCCGCCACCGCUCGUCGACCCGUACGCGUACAAGAGUUCCCCGCUGGGAAGCAUCCCCGGGGAACAUCAGCAAACGGCUGCCGGCGGCGAGCCGGGCGUCGCGUCCAAUCCGGGCUUCGAGUACCGGAGCAGUAGCCGCAGCAGCAGCGGUAACCUGAAGCAGGCGGCCACCACCUUGAACGGUGGUGCCGGAAAUCCCGAGUACCGAUACUCCGGGUCCGAGUUCGUGACCGAUCUGCUCGACUUUAGCAGUGCCCCGUCGCCAUCGUCCGGUUCGACCGUUGGGGCGACGCUAACGAAGACACGCAACCGUCAGCACAUCAUCACCGACACACUACCGGGACCGGAGAGUUGCGUGUAGGCUGGAUGGCCGAUAAACCGCCACUAAUCCGGAAGCGCUUCUCGGAGCCGGAUUAGAACCUCGUUCUCGUUCGUACGGGACAGUAUCAAACGCGCGUUCAGACCGACAACGACAUCCCGGACAACCGGUGUAUGUGUGUGUAGGAUUGCCCUCGUCCGGAAGAGUUGAUGUCGAAGUGAUGACGAUAAAGGGCACACACACACACACAUUCACGGUAACAAAGGCCUAUCAAGCGUGUGGCGAGCUCAUGCUACCAAGGUGAUGUUGUUAUGAAACGUGUAGGCAGAGAGUAUAAAAUACGCAAGAAUAAGAACUGGAGCGUAAAACAACCCCCCACGCACACACACACACACACAGACAACCACGAGAGCGCCCACUUCCCACCGGGACAGUGUGUACGUUGGGAAUGUCCUUGAAUAUCGAAACCGCGUAUCUUCCCGCGUAUGUUCUGCUUCCUACAGCGAAUACGAAGCGCAGCGAUGGAGUCCGGGAACCCCGAUGUCUGGGGUGAUGCUUCUACAGCAGCGAAGAAUAAUAGACAGUCUUCCAUUAAGCAAACGAGACAAAACAAAGCAAGACAUUAAGCAGCACGCAUACAGUCGUGGGGCACGACCGAGACGGAGGAGAGAGUGUGUACUGUAGGAAUGUGUACCGUGUAGAUCCCAGUGUAAAGCGCCGGUUGAACCCGGCCCGAUGACGAACCUAUGUUACUGAGCAAUACGUGUGUUGAGCAAAAGAAAAAAAGGCAGAGAACAAGUUAGGUUAAUUACUUCGUUUGUACAUAGCAUCGAGCAUCGUUAAACGAGCAGGAACAGUGGACUGAUAGUGUAAAUAUUGGUUAAAAGCGAGUUCUUUUUCUUCGGUUUUACUGACAUGAGUUCAUCAAGAAAGUAGCAAACAUUCCACAAUGUUUUGAUAGAUUCUUGAGGUGUGUAGUCUUGAAGUAUUAAUUUAGUUAUAGCAUUUUUUUUUGUGUGGUAUCAACCAGACAAAACCGUCAUUGCGUAUCAUUUGAAAACCUCGCACCGUUUGACUUUUUAUCGAAUCGUUAUUAAGAUACUCAAGAGCGCAAGGGGAAGAUUGUGUUUUCCAGUUACGUCUAGUUAAUGAUGAAAAACAAAACUCAUACGCAUCAUACCAAGAACGGGAACCACUAGGCAUAUCCAAUGUACCGAAUGUAUAUCAACCAACAACAAAACAAACGCUCCCAGCGAGGUGAACCUAUCGAACCAUAUCGAACCCGGGCGCUAGCAAGUCCUCUAUGGCGGCCUAUAUCCUCAGACUGAUGUGGUACGGUGUUAGAUUAUUAUUUGCCAUAACCGAACGUAUCUUCCCCCCGCAAUCCCGUCUCUUAACGAACUCUCACUUUCUCUCCUUUUACCGCCCUGACUUCAGGAGUAGAUCUUGUGGAGUGUUGCAGAUAGAUUGGUGAAUGCGGGUUGCAUAUCUGUAGGCGCAUAAGGCGAUCUGAUGUGCGAGCUAUUCAAUCUGCGAUACUGCACAAUGUCUCCGAAGUCAGACACUUAACUCGUGAACCUUGCUACUCACCGUUAGAAAUGAGCUUGUGAAAGCUCGCUUUAAGCAAACAAAAAAUCCCCCUGUUACAAGACAAACGCGCCAGGUACGCAGAUGACAAUGCUGCCUGUUAGGAAGAAAAAAUACACAGUUUUCCCGCCCGAAAAAUCCUCCCGUGAAAGGAAAGUAAUUAAGCGUGUGUAUACAACUGCAAACCCCUCCCCUCCCCGGGGGCUGAAGUAACUCGUGUUGUAGCUAAGAUUUGGCGAAUCGAACGAUAGCGGUGUUUGUCGAUGCUUUAAGGAUCUCAGCGGUUGUUAUUCCCGUACCGCCGAUACCAGCCCAUAGCGAAUUUGUACAUAUCCGUCUAGCGUAAAGUUGUUCUAGUUAAACAAUAACCCGUAAGACCCGAUAGCUAUCGGGGAAAAACUGUUGGAAGUGACCAAUGGCGCUCUGCUCCCUACAUCUCCACAUCUGUACAUACCGCAACAGGAGCGAGAUGGGCUUCCUACUCGACUCAGCAUCCCGAACCGGUAUCCACUCAUCCUCCCAUCCAAAAUAGACCAAACCGUGGACAGACGGGAGCGUCCGGAAGCGCUGCUAAGCUUAUCGUCAUCAGGAUACACGUUGUGUGCGUUGUAGAAUCAAAUACCAUUGAUCGUUAGAAAAAUUUCGUUUCCAGUGUGUACAGAUGAGAUCCAUUUAUCAUUGCAUCUAGCUAGCUGCUACUGCUACUCCUGCUGCUGCCACUGCUGCUGGUGGCACGGAGUUAACGGCCCUGAGUUCCCAAUACGUGUAAAUAGCUAGUUUAAGCAUAUACGAUCGAAGCAGCAGCAGCAGCCUGUGUCGGUGUGAAUGGGUGUAUAGCAGCAGUAUCAGUUUAGCCGAGGUUUAUCGCGGCUAAGCGGGCCUAAUGGCGAGAUGGACAAACCACUUGGGCAAGAGUGCUUGUUAUCGUGUGAGCAACAUCGAAAGCGCUAGCGACGCAACCCGAACGAGACUUGUGUGCAAUAUAAAUAGUGCAAUUGCGAUUGCGACGCUGAUGAGUCAAUAAAAACAAUCUAACUAAUGGUGUUUUUUUAAAAAAA